GCCCUCCGCAGCUUGUUGCUGCCAAACCAGCUGGCAGUUUGAAAUCAUAACCUGACCUGUUACUGUGCUGACAUUUAAACUCAUGUUUACUCUCCUUUUUGACGCUUUACGGUGAACAGAUCUCAGUCCUGAACCAGCAUGCGGAAUGUGGACAAACUCUCAGGAACUUUCCGCAGCGGGAGCGCACACUUUGCACUUUGCAGCCUUUUUUGAGCGACUUCACUCAGUUUUACAUCAUCACGAAAUGCCAAAACUGCAGCAGCAGAUGUCGUAGAAGUCUGCCGGUGAGUUGGUGAAGCAGCUGGUGGAAAAGUUCUUCACCGUGUCUGCGUCUCGUCACCUGAUUUUUACGCACCGCUCCACAGCCGGUGCAGAGCGUCUCCCCUCCGCCCGCGGCCAGGAUGGGCUCCCUGGUGUGGACCUCUGGAGCUCUACCUGCUUGGAUAUUUCUCUUCAGCAUAGUCUCAGCUGUUGUUGCCAAAAGACACGUCGUGUACUGGAAUUCCACAAACACAAGGUUAACAGCAGGAGAUCUGUCCAUUCAGUUGAAUCUGAAUGAUUACCUGGAUAUCUACUGUCCUCAUUACCCCAACAAAGAGGCCGGGCAGCCUGAAACACUGGCCCUCUAUCUGGUGGCAGAGGAAUCCUUCCAAGGCUGUGUAGAAACCAGACGGGCCAUCAAGAGGUGGGAGUGCAACACGCCCUACGCUCCGUUUGGACCGGUCCGGUUCUCCGAAAAGAUCCAAAGGUUUACGCCGUUCUCGCUGGGGUUUGAGUUCCUGCCAGGGAAACACUACUACUACAGCUCUCUACCCACAGAUGAAGGCCCUCCUCUGCCAUGUAUGAAGUUGCGUGUCACAGUGUGCUGUAAGCCCACAUCAGAAGGUUCAAAACAAAUACAAGAAACCGGUCCUCUCAGCAGCGUGGCCUCCAUGACGACAGCCUCCCUGCCCUUCAUCUUCAUCCUCCUCCUCCUGACCACCUGACCACCUGACCGCCCCGUCCUCCGCCGACCUCCCCAUCGAGGGAUCCGGACGAAACCUCCGCUCUCGGACAACCAACGCUAAGCUAUUGCAGAUGACACCUCGGUGGCUUGUUUACCUGUGAAAUUUCCUCCAAAAAACCCGAGCAGAAACGGGGCCACGGUGACUCAGGGAAUCACAGUGAUUCAUUUCUUGUUAUUUUCCGUCUCCCACCUGUUGUGUAAAGUGCAGAAUAUUAUCCAGUCAGACGACUCGAGUCCCGCUGUGACGCCACCAGAACAAUGAGUCUGUCAGGGCUCAAACUUCUCUCACUUCUUCAUCUCCGUUGCUCAUUUUCUGCUCCUUGUGUUGUUGUUGUUGGUUUAUUUUUUGAAAGAAGAAAGCGGCCAAAUAAAGUCCUGCAGAGAGUCGGGCUGCAGGUCACUCGCUGAGACGUUUCCUGACACGCUUUGCAAAAAAAACGACUCCCUUUUCUGCCUCAUCUACAUCCGAGCAAAGAUAAAUGUGCUCUACUUUUGCAACUAAUUAGAUUUUGAAUCUGAAGGCGCUUUUUUUUUUUUUUUUUUUUUUUUUUUUAAGGGAGGAAAAUGGGGGGAAUGUUGUGGAGGAGUGAUGCUGGGCUGCUGCGCCCCCUGCUGGGAUCAUACUGGUUGUACUGGAGCUGAACUGGAUUGUGGGCUAAAACCAGUAAACGGACUCUAGAUUCUGGUUCUGUUUGGCAAAAACAGAAUAAAGUGCAGAACAACAAGGGGUUUAUGGGUACAUGUUGAAUCAUGAUUCUUCAGGUGUGCAAACGCGCACUCAAGCUUUUUGAAAAAAUUUUUAGAUUCUUCGACGUUAGUUGUUUCUGUAUAGUUAAUAUAUUCUGCAAAAAUAAGAUAUAUUAACUAUAUAAUUCAAAUUUUUUUGUAAAAACUGGUCUCUUUUAUUUAAUUAUUGCAAAAAACAGACAAAAAUGACCUUUUUUUAAUAAACAAUCAAUGACUUAUUUUAUGUGUAUAUAAAUGUGUGUUUGUAUCUCAAUUUGUUUAAUUUUUCCCCAAUUUUUUAAAAAAGAAAAUAACCAGAAUUGAUUUUUAAACAACACUACAAUAAAUUUAAUUGUUCAUUUAUUUUUCUAAAUUAAAAAAAUAUAGAGAAUUAACAUACAGUAUGAUUGCAUUUUUCCUGGCAAAUAAAUGAAGUUUUUGUAUUUAAAAGAAUUAUUUCCCCACAAAAUUUAGGUUAAUUGUACAGUUUGUUCAAGCUUUUUUUUUUUUUUUUUUUUAAAAAACAACACAUUGUUAGCACUUAAUAUAUAUUUUUCCUGUCAAAAUUGCUGUAAAUCACACCUGUCAUGUUUUUUUUCCCAACAUGGGUGAUAAAAACAAUGUUUUUUUGUAUAAUAAUUCCGUUCGGUGAUGUAGUUUUUGUUUGUUUCUAGUAGGAUCCUGCUUUGAAGUCCUGCUUUCACAUUUUAGUGAAGAAUGUAGCUUCUUCUGUGAAGAGCCAAACUGCAACCUGAGCCUUUUUUACGCGGCAAAAUAAAUACGUUCUCCUUUGAUUAUCA